AUGGCGGGCCCAGGAGGUAAUAAACGUAUUAUGACUGAAGUGUCACGAUUACAAGCCUUAGCUUCAAAUAAUGAUCCAGCAGGUCUUAAAUUUCUUCUUGAUAAAUCACCUAUGGACACUCCAGGAUCAAAUAUAAUUCUUGGAAGAAUAUUACCUCGAUCAGCAAUCUAUAAUCAGGCUGCAUUUCAAAUAGAAUUAAAAUUACCAAAUGAAUAUCCAUUUAAAGCCCCUGAAAUUCGUUUUAUUACGCCCAUUUAUCAUCCGAAUGUGAAUGAAGAAGGUAGAAUAUGUCUGGAAAAACUUAAUUCACCCGAAGGAUUCAAACCAGUAACACCAUUAACCGAUAUUGUCAAAGAUGUCGUUGACCGUAUUGAUAAUCCAGAUGUUGACCAUGCCCUUAACGCAGAUAUUGCUGCUGAAUACAUCAACAAUAGAUCAACAUUCGAUCGUAAAGCAACCGAACUGGUUAAAAAACAUGGUUUACCAAAAACAUAA